AUGGACAUUAUGGAGACUGUCCGAGAAAUCGUUCCGUUCACGAUGGAAAUACUGAGCCAGAAAGCGUCCCGGGAUGUUCUGAAGGUCUAUCUGCUGGGGUCUGUCCUGACUCUUCUGGGGUUAGUUAUAGGGCUGCUGGAGCUGUUUAACCAGCCCUUAACCUCUGGUGACCCGUUAGAGCUGGAGCUGGCCUGCACACAGGAGCCCGAGGACGCUUCGGGUCACCGGGAGGAGAAAAACAAACUCACGGGUCUGAAAUUUGAAAUGGCGUCCAGAAACACUGGCAACCGUCUGCAUGCUUCCUAA